UUUUCUCCUGUGAGUUUUUGAUAAAUGGACACUGACAUGGACUACGAAAGACCCAACGUUGAAACUAUCAAGUGUGUGGUGGUUGGAGAUAAUGCAGUGGGAAAGACUCGUCUAAUUUGUGCAAGAGCAUGCAAUACAACCUUGACUCAGUAUCAGCUGCUGGCAACUCACGUACCAACUGUCUGGGCCAUUGAUCAGUACCGUGUCUGCCAAGAGGUCCUUGAACGCUCAAGAGAUGUUGUGGAUGAAGUGAGUGUUUCUCUCAGGCUGUGGGAUACAUUUGGGGACCACCACAAAGACAGGCGCUUUGCUUAUGGAAGGUCUGAUGUCGUUGUUCUGUGCUUUUCAAUUGCUAAUCCUAAUUCCCUGAAUCAUGUGAAAACAAUGUGGUAUCAAGAAAUCAAGCACUUCUGUCCUCGCACACCUGUCAUUCUGGUGGGCUGCCAACUAGAUCUCCGCUAUGCAGAUCUUGAGGCUGUUAACAGAGCCAGACGGCCUUUGGCAAGGCCAAUAAAAAGAGGAGACAUUUUGCCACCAGAAAGAGGCAGAGAGGUUGCCAAGGAACUUGGGAUACCGUACUAUGAAACCAGUGUAUUUGACCAGUUUGGAAUUAAAGACGUGUUUGACAAUGCAAUUAGAGCUGCCCUGAUCUCCAGAAGACACCUGCAGUUCUGGAAAUCUCAUUUGAAGAAGGUCCAAAAACCUUUGCUUCAGGCUCCAUUCCUACCUCCAAAAGCCCCUCCUCCGGUUAUCAAAAUUCCUGAAUGUCCUGUACCAAGCAUGAAUGAAGCUGGAUAUUUAUUGGACAGCCCACUGUGUGCAGAUGUUAUGUUUGUUCUCCAGGAGCAGGACUACAUUUUUGCUCACAAGAUUUACCUAGCUACCUCCUCUUCAAAGUUUUAUGACCUUUUCUUAAUGGAAUGUGAGGAAAGUCCAGACUUGGAUGAAACACAGUGUAAUAAAGAAAAUAGAAAUAAGGAUGUUCUGACAAGUCACCUUGAGACAAAUGGUGACAGUGAUGAGACAUCCUUGAAAUCUGCUGAUGUUAAAAUUUCCCCACCAGAAAGUACCGACUCUUUAAACAUGCUAGAACCCGAACCUGGUGAAACAAAUUCUGCAGCAAGAUCUCUGUCAUCCUGGGGUAAGGGGUUUGUUAGUGUGCAUAAGGAAAUGCAAGUGAAUCCUGUUUCAAAUAGGACGUGUCCUGUAACUGUGGUAAAAAUGGAUUCAUCUGUGCAGGCUGGACCUUUUAAAACUGUUUUGCAGUUUCUAUACACAGGGCAACUGGAUGAAAAUGAAAAAGAUCUCACAAGACUGGCUCAGAUUGCUGAAAUCUUGGAAGUAUUUGAUUUGCGAAUGAUGGUGGAGAAUAUUAUGAAUAAAGAAGCCUUCAUGAAUCAAGAGAUUACUAAAGCAUUUCAUGUCAGAAAAGCUAAUCGGAUAAAAGAGUGCCUUUGCAAAGGGACAUUUUCUGAUGUGACAUUUAAAUUGGAUGAUGGAACCAUAAAUGCCCACAAGCCACUGCUGAUCUGUAGCUGUGAAUGGAUGUCUGCUAUGUUUGGAGGAUCAUUUAUUGAAAGCUCAAACAGUGAGGUAGUUCUUCCCAACAUAAACAAGACUUCCAUGCAAGCGGUUUUAGAUUACUUGUAUACCAAGCAACUGUCCUCCAGUCAGGAACUGGACACACUUGAGUUAAUUGCGUUGGCAAAUAGGUUUUGCCUUCCUCACCUGAUUGCGCUAGCAGAACAGCAUGCAGUAGAAGAGCUGACAAAAGCCUCCAUGAGUGGCAUUGCAAUAGAUGGAGAAGUACUGUCCUAUUUGGAAUUGGCACAGUUUCACAAUGCUAACCAGCUGGCAGCUUGGUGCUUGCACUACAUCUGCACGAAUUACAACAGUGUUUGCUCCAAAUUCCGCAAGGAAAUCAAAGCUAAAUCUUCAGAUAAUCAAGAAUAUUUUGAGAGGCAUCGCUGGCCACCUGUGUGGUAUUUAAAGGAAGAAGAUCACUACCAACGAGUUAAAAAAGAAAGAGAAAAGGAAGAUGUGGCACUGAAUAAACAUCAUUCAAAGCGGAAGUGGUGCUUCUGGAAUUCCUCUGCUGUAGUUGCCUGAACAAAGCAAAUAAGUGGAAAUCCAU